AUGAAUCGAAUAUUCACUUAUAACCAGUCUCCAUUUUCAACUUCUCGUUCUGUUCCUCAACCUACAUCUUCAUCACUUGCCUCAUGUCAAUGUUAUGAAUGGUAUCAAGAUGGUGGUACUUCUACAAAAAAGAAAAAACCAUCACUCCCUCUAUCAUUAUCUUCAAUUCAUGUUCCAGUCAAUCAUGUCUCUACUACAAUUUUAGUUGAUACUAGUGCUGCAAUUUCUCUUAUUCAUGAUAAAACAUUAUCCAAUAUGCAACACCAACCCAUCAUGCCCUGCUCAUUAAAAGAAGUUCAUAAUGCCAAUAGUGGCUUUAUAUCUCUCCUUGGCAUAGUGAAACUUACUGUUCAAAUUCAUCAUCUUGAUACACAUAUUGAUGCUUAUGUUACACGUGAUCUUAUUUGUCCUGUGAUUUUAGGUCGUGAUUGGAUUCAACAAAAAUUAUGUUAA